UUCACUGGCAGUCGGGCAUUCCGCGAUCCGGCGCCGACGCCGACGCGCUUGGCGAUCGAUACACCGCGACAAUUUUUGGUGGCCGAAUAUUACGAAAUGUUUGCUAAUCAAUAUGGGUAAUGUGCAAUGUUAUACAACCGAGAAUCUAAAUGAAAAACAAGCGAAGAACAAAAAACACAAAGAACAUAAACCGCAAAAGGACAGUGAUAAAACAUUCGAAAUGGGCGCGAAAAAAGACCAAUCAUCGAAUAACACCAAUAACGUGUGUAAUUUCAAGCCGAUAGAGAAAAAUAAUGAAAAAUUGUUUGUGACAAACAACGAAAAAUUGAUAACGAAUGACAUCAAGGUUCAAGAGUCACCGAUAGAAAGUGUUACUAAAAUAGAGACGCAAAACAAAGAUUUGGCAAAUGGAAAACAAAGUGUCCCUGAGCAGGUUCCUCCAUCUUACGCAAGUCUGAAUAAUAACAUGAAACAAGAUGACAGAUCAAGUUCAAUGGAAACUCUGAAGAAAAACAACCAAAUUUCCAGAAACAACUUUAUCAUGAACAAUGAUAUUUCAACACCUGCAAAUGAUAAGCCGCAAAAUAUGAAUAGUAUAGCAAAUCAACGUAUCCAAAGUUCUUCACAACGCGCCAGCUCACUGAAAUCAAACCUGACUGAAUUGCAAAGUUCUAUAUCGGAAAUGAAAAACUUGAGCAACUCUAGUAGUUUACAAUUUGGGCAAAGAUGCAAAAAGUCAAUGGAAGAUAUUUUAGAAACCGAUGUAGCAAAAAGUAAAAUUGGUAAUAAUCAAAAUUACAACAGAUUUGGAACUCAACAAAAUAACAUAGGCGAUAAAUUAAUGUUUGUUGCUGACUCCAACAAACUUUUAAAGAACACACAGAAUUUAUGUGAAAACGGUUCACCAAAUGAUUUAAAAUUUAGUGCAGCUCGUACAAGCUCCGCAAGUUCAACCAGCCUAGUCACUGAUGGUUUUAGUGCCUCAAAAUCGGUAGCAAAUAGUUCGAGGUCCAGAAGGUUCCAACAAGGAGAUGUGUUGUAUGCAGAUCAGAGUGCAGUUGGCGCCACGCAAAGAUUAUUACAAGCAGAGAGCCUUACGGCGGAACAAAAUGCGGCAUUUCAACGAGAGAGACAGACGCUGCAAACAGCAGAAAUGAGAACCCAAGAGGCAAAUAAUAUGUCGACAUGCAGCUCUAGACUACAAACGGAUGCCUUUAGUGCUGAAAGAAAAGGAACAGCUACAUCACAAGCGCGCCAGACGGUCAGCUCAAGUGGAAUUUUUACUCACAAGGAACAUUCAAGUGUGGCUCAUUCGAAUAUGACUAUAUCAAGCAAAAACAUCUCAUCAACAGCAACAAUACUUUCGUCACAUUCAGAUGAUCUAUUAAAUGGAACAAGCAAACCCGUUGGAAGUGACCUACUAAAUUUAACUUUUGAAGAUUUAGACGAACUUAAUAUUCGUUCAAGCCAAUGUGAAAUAGAUGCUGCUAAACAAAAAUAUACAAAUAGAAUGAAUGCUUUUAUAUCUGCGAUUAAAGAAGAGAAAAUGGAUAAUAACUACAGGUCAUUACACUUUAACAAAGUAAAUGAAAUGUUAAGAAAAGCUUGGGCUGUACCUACAUAUGGCCAUGAACUAGGCAAUUCGUUGUGCAAUACGCUUCGGACUUCAGGAGGACUAGACUUAUUAAUGGAAAAUUGUAUGGAAUCUAAGAAUCCAGAAUUACAAAUAUCAUCGGCAAAGAUCCUUGAACAAUGCCUCACAACCGAAAACAGAGAAUACGUUGUUAAAAACGGUUUAGAGAAAGUAGUAAAUGUCGCUUGUGUGUGCACAAAAAAUGCAAAUUUAGUCGAGUAUUCAAGAAUUGGAACUGGAAUAUUGGAGCACUUAUUUAAACACAGUGAAGGAACGUGUAGCGAUGUUAUUAGAUUAGGUGGCUUAGAUGCAGUUUUAUUUGAAUGUAGAAAAAAUGAUAUUGAAACAUUGCGACACUGUGCAACGGCCUUAGCUAAUUUGUCACUAUAUGGUGGUGCAGAAAAUCAAGAGGCUAUGAUAAAAAGAAAAGUACCUAUGUGGCUAUUUCCUCUCGCUUUUCAUCAUGACGAUAAUAUCAAAUACUACGCAUGUUUAGCUAUAGCAGUGCUAGUUGCCAAUAAAGAAAUAGAGGCAGCAGUUUUGAAAUCGGGCACUUUGGAAUUAGUAGAACCAUUUGUUACUUCACACAAUCCAUCAGAAUUUGCCCGCUCAAAUCUUUCUCAUGCUCAUGGACAGAGCAAGAACUGGUUACAAAAAUUAGUCCCGGUUUUGAGUUCCAAAAGAGAAGAAGCAAGAAAUUUAGCAGCAUUUCACUUUUGCAUGGAGGCAGGUAUAAAGCAACAACAGGGUAAUACUGAAAUAUUCAAAGAAAUUGGCGCAGUAGAGCCCCUGAAGAAAGUUGCAAGUUGUCCAAAUGCUGUAGCUUCUAAGUAUGCUGCGCAAGCUUUAAGGCUCAUAGGGGAAGAGGUGCCACAUAAACUAUCCCAACAGGUUCCUCUUUGGUCUAUUGAAGAUGUGCGAGAAUGGGUGAAACAAAUAGGGUUCCUCGAAUAUGCAAAUAACUUUUAUGAGAGUAGGGUAGAUGGUGAUCUUUUACUGCAAAUAACAGAAGAUAAUUUGAAGGACGAUAUUGGAUUAGACAAUGGAAUCAAACGAAAAAGAUUUGCAAGAGAACUUCAGCAGUUAAAGAAAAUGGCUGACUAUAGCCUUCGUGAUACAUGUAGUCUACAUGAAUUCCUACAAAAUAUAGGCCCAGAAUACACCGUUUACACUUAUUCUAUGUUGAACGCCGGCGUCGAUAAGGAAUCUAUUCUAGGUCUAAGUGACGAACAAUUGGAAAAUGAAUGCUAUAUUAAAAAUAGUAUACAUAGAUUAAGAAUAUUAAAUGCUAUACGAGAUUACGAAAGUCGGUUACCGAGUCUCGAAGAAGAUAAUAUGGUUAAGAAUUUGGAUGUUUUUAUUAGCUAUAGGCGAUCAAAUGGGUCACAGCUGGCCAGUUUACUCAAAGUACAUUUACAUUUGCGAGGAUUUACGAUUUUCAUUGACGUGGAGAGAUUAGAGGCGGGAAAAUUUGAAAAUUUACUUCAAAGCAUUCGGCAAGCAAAACAUUUUCUGUUAGUUCUUACACCAAAUGCUCUUGACAAAUGUAAAGAAGACACUGAACAGAAAGACUGGUUACAUCGGGAGAUAGUGGCAGCGUUACAAUCGCAGUGCAACAUAGUGCCGAUAAUCGACAACUUCGAGUGGCCCGAGCCGGAGGAGCUGCCGGAGGACAUGCGCGCCGUCUGCCACUUCAACGGCGUCCGCUGGAUACACGACUAUCAGGACGCGUGUGUGGAGAAACUGGAAAGUUUUCUUCGAGGUAAAUCAAAUCUGGCAACACGAUUAGAAGGAGCUUAUCGUGGACCAGGCCACAUACAAACACCAUGCACAGGCAACACCAAUAGAGGACCUCCAAGUUAUCAGAGAAUGCAAUCAAUGGAAAAUGACUGAAUACAUUUAAUUUGUCUUAGAUGUAUAGCGCAGAAGCAUAUGCAGGAUUAAGCGAUGUGGAGAAUUUGCUUAUAAGAAACAUAAUUGUGAAAAAAUUGUGUAAUAUUUUUAUAAACAAUUUAGGCAUUCAAAUUUAUGUUGUUUCUUAAAAUGUUAUAUUUUAAUUUUAAAAUAACAUGUUGAGUUUUAUAAUUUAAACAUUACCACAACAUUACGCUGUUGCCUAUUGUAUACUUUGUGUUUAUCACACAAGUAAAUUUAGGCUUGGAUAUCUCAAUGAGUGAAUGACACACAUUAUAAUGUAUCUAAAGACAUUAUUAGACUAUUUUUGAGUAUUCUAGCCCUGAUAUGUUAACAGUUUGCUAUUCGUUGUAGCAUAGCAAAUUGCAUACUGUUUAUUUAUAUUUAUGUUACUGACAUUAUCUGUUGCAAAGCCAAUACAAGAGUACAAAUCAAUGUUCAUUGUUACAAGGAGAAUGCAAAGGAGUUGGAGUUAUAUUAUCAAAAUGUUAAAAUAUCCAUGAAUAUAGGUGUGCUUAUAUUAUAGCAAUAAACAAUCAACCAUAUACAUUAAACAUUUAUUUAUACACCUGUAAAUUUUAAACCUUUCUUAAAAGAAUCACUUUCAACUAAGUCAUAAGCAGCUAAGAUAUUAUACAACAUAAUUUUUAUUUGAGUUAAGUACAUAGUAAUUGCAUAAUAGGAAAAAUAUAUAAAUUAAAAGUGUUGACAUA